AUGUCUCAUCUAUACGAAGUCGCGCUGUACGGCGAGUUCUUCGCCAAGGACCUGAGGCCUAUCCUCAACCGUCUAACUCUACACAGCGAAACCUCGUCGGAUUUGCAUAUUCGAGAGGUCGUGUUCGAGCCGCUAGACGCUCAAAUGCAACGCAGCCAAGGCAAUGAACCAGUCUUCUUGAGAUGUAGCAAGGACUUGAUGGAUUCCAAGGCGGGCUGGCUGAUGUACUCUUAUUUAAAGCCUGAGUCCGUGCGUCAGCACCCAGAAGCGACUGUACGACCGUGGGCAACGUGCCAUGUUAUGGAAGAUGCGUUGAGCUUCGCAUCUGCUCUUGGUUAUGUUCGACGAGCGCAGCUAUACAAGAAGGGAUACGCAUUUCGUCGUGGUCCAUUAGUGAUCCACAUGUUUCAACAAGAACAAGUCGAUCCACGCACGCAAAAACCCAUUCCUGCUCACGCUGAUACCCUCUGGGAGGUAGAAGUAAAGACCGCUUACCCAGUCCAAAAUACACAAGAAACGCCCUUAAGUCAGAUGAUCGAGGCCGUUCUUGAAGUCCAGCGUAUCAUGCGAGGUUUAUUGGAUUUGCGAAGAAAGGAUGUAUGA